AUGCACCUCGACGUGGUGAUUGGCGAGUCCAAGCCGGACAAUUCCUCGCGUGAUAGGCAGCACAUUGUGGAUCUGGCAGGAAGGGUUCGAAUGUUGAACGACAGGCUUAGGGAUAUAAGAAAGGAGCAGCAAUUUCAAAGAGAGAGGGAGGCUGAUUUUAGAGACCUUAGCGAACUCACUAAUAGCAGAGCUAUUUGGUGGAGCGCUAUUCAGGCCGUCGUCCUCAUCGCUACUGGCGUGUGGCAAUUGAGGCACUUGACAGUGAGUAGAGGCAAGCAAGCAGACAGAAGAGCGGCUCUGCAAAAUGCGACAGGUUCGCCAAUGCUGAAGAUUAUCCGUUCCCUACCUCACGCAGGUCUUUUUCAACGAAAAGAAGCUGAGAUGA